AUGCGAUUAAGAAAUUAUUCAACUACAAAGAAACCAUCUCAUGCAAUUCAUCAACGACCUAAAGUUAGAGACGAUUCAAAUUCAUCGGGAGUGUCGUAUGUUCACAAAAUCACUCAUCUACAAGAUGGCACAGGAAAGAAAGAGAAAGAAUAUCGUUCGGAUCAGGAGGAGGAGGAGAAGGAAAAGUCAUGUGGCCGACGGUACCAAAGUCCAGUGGCGGCCUCCAAGUUGGUCGUCUUCUGGACGUCCUUUUGGGGGAGUUGGGAGAACUGGGAUUUCUUGGAAACUUCUUCAAAACUUCGCGAAAUGCGAUGCGCUUUCUGGAGGUGCGAUCUUGUCUGGACUAAAAGAGGAUCUAGGGAACGGGUCAGUGAAGCUGACGCGGUCGUCUUUUUCAGUUUCGACUUGAACCUUCGAGACCUUCCUCCUCGAAAGCCACACCAGCUCUGGAUCAGGCUAGAGCUAGAGGCACCGCCUCUAAGUCAACACACGACGGGAGCAUGGUCAGCAGCAGAAGAUAAUGGAAUUUACUUCAACUUGACGAUGUCGUAUCAUCAUUUGAGUAACAUAACAACACAAAAUACCGGUCUGAGGCCCUUGGACGUUUCUACCGAAUGUCCCUCUAUCGAAGGAAACGAGCUUGACGUUUCAAGUACGACCUACAAGACGUAUAUUGAACAUCUGAGGAACUAUGAUGAUAUAAUGCAUAUGGAAGGAUCUGCGCUCAACCAAAUGAUUCUGAGUCAGUCCAGAAGGUUUCAGAAGGGAAAUGCCAUUCAGGAAGUGUUAAUGAAAGACGAAAUGGCGAACAGAUCUUACAGCUCAAGUGAGAACCAUCCAACAGAACCCCAAAAGAAACUUGCACCAUCAACAGAGGGCGCUCUGGACAUGACAGAGAACAUCAUUCAAACUACACGAGGAGAUGGGCGUACAAAAAACAAAUUCCACUUCACAGACCAGGAAGUGAGGUGGGCACUGCGUUCCAGAAUUGCCGUGUGGAUGGCAAGCAACUGCCCAACAGACUCCAAAAGAGAGGACUUCGUAGCCGCCCUGCAAAGGCAUGUAAAAGUGACGACCAUCGGAAAAUGCGGCGAGAUGAAAUGCGGCAGGAACCAUUUAGACAGAUUCUGCUAUCGCUGGAUUGCGGGUUCUCACCUCUUUUACCUCUCUCUGGAAAAUGCUUUAUGCGACGACUACACCUCCGAGAAGCUGUGGAGGCCGAUGGAGUACGGAAUGGUACCGAUCGUGUAUGGAGGCGCGGAUUACGACAAAAUUUUACCGCCAGGUUCUUAUAUCAAUUCACAGUCUUUUCAGAACAUAUCAGCGCUGGCAAAGUACUUGGUUUACCUGGGUAACAACCCUGUUUCCUAUUUGCGCUACUUCCAAUGGCGUCGCUACUGGGAAAGCAAGGAACCACUUCCAUGGACUUGUAACCUAUGUAACACGUUGCACAAAAUAGCAGGAGUUAGGGAGCAAUGGGUUACACUCGAUCAAUGGUGGAAUGAUACUUCCGAAUGCUAUGAUCCUUUCUUCUAAGGAAACCUGCUGGCUAUGGCAGGUGUCA